AUCUGCUUCAGCGAAUAAUAAAGCGAAAUUUUUACGUUAUAACGAUUGUCGACAAUCAUGGAUAAACUAACUGUUGAGUGGUUGAAUAUAGAAAAAGAUUUUUUUACUGCGGGACACUCCGUUUACGGAGCUGUGUCAAUGGCGGCGGCUGAUAGAUGGUAUUUCAGUAAAGAAGAACUUUUGAAUUCUCCCAGUAAAAAAUGUGGUAUCGACGCAGAUAAAGAAUUAUCAUAUAGACAACAAGCAGCUAAUUUUAUUCAAGAUAUGGGACAAAGACUUCAAGUUACACAACUAUGUAUUAACACUGCAAUUGUAUAUAUGCAUCGUUUUUAUGUAUUCCAUUCAUUUUCAAAGUUUCAUCGAAAUGCAAUAGCAACAUGUGCCCUAUUUUUGGCUGCCAAAGUUGAAGAACAACCUCGUAAACUAGAACAUGUUAUCAGAAUUGCACAUCUUUGUCUACAUCGUGACACUCCCCCAAUGGAUCCAAAGAGUGAGGCAUAUAUGGACCAAGCUCAUGAAUUAGUUGGGAAUGAAAAUAUUAUGUUACAAACUCUAGGCUUUGACAUUGCAAUUGAACAUCCACAUACGUAUGUUGUAAAGUGCUGUCAGUUAGUUAGAGCAAGCAAAGAUCUUGCACAAACAUCAUAUAUAAUGGCCACAAACAGUUUGCAUCUGACUACAAUGUCUUUACAAUAUAAACCAACUGUUGUAGCUUGUGUAUGCAUUCAUCUGGCAUGUAAAUGGUCUAGUUGGGAGCUUCCUUGUUCUAAUGAAGGGAAGGAAUGGUUCUGGUAUGUUGACAAAUCAGUCACUCUUGAACUUCUUGAAGAAUUAACAUCAGAAUUCCUGUUGAUUUUGGAUAAAUGUCCAAGUCGAUUAAAAAGAAAAAUUACUACUGGAAGUGUAAAAGAUUUACAAGCAAUGGAAAAGCGCCUUAAAAAUGAGGCUCCUUGCUCGACUACAGCAGUCUUUUCUCAUGAUAAAGGACAAACAAGACAGGAUGAUAAGAAAUUAUCUUUGGAUUCCAAACAGUCUAGCCAUCAUCACAAAAGUGUGUUGUCACCAGCUACUAAAGAAAGCCAGCAUCAUUCAAAAGCCAGUGUUGUACAGUGUGCCACUACAUUACCUCCUCCUAAUGUUGCUGUUCCUAUGAUGCAACAACCUUCACCAUCAAAACGUUCCAAAGGUGAAAAUCCCCAUUCCAUUAGUCUUGCAGUUUACAAAGAAAUGAAGGAGAAGGAAAAGGAAAAGGGACAGUUGCUUGAGCAAAAGUUAAAAGCACAACAGAAUAAAACUGACAGUCACAAUAAUCCAAUACAAAUACAUUCUGUCCCUAAUAAUAAGAAAUUAAGUAAAGAUGAAAGAAAAUCCCAUCACCAUCAAAAUGUUUCUGACAGAGAGAGAAUGAAAUAUAUGAAACAAAUGCACCUAAAACAAGAAGAAAAUUCAAGUUUCCUUAAUGAUGAACUAUCGAGUGAACAUGGAACAUCUAAACUAACAAAUGAAGAAAUUUUACAGCAAAAAAUUGCAGACGACAUGAGACAAAUUGCUAUGAGUAGAAUUUCUGAUAAUAGAAUGGAUAACAUAUUGAGUGAUAUUCAUUCGGAUGACUUCAAACUUGAAACUGUGAUGUCUAAACAUAAAGAACAAUCUGAAGUUCCUGCAAAUCCUCACAAUCAUCAUGACAAAAAUUCCUCUCGACUUUCAAGUACUGUUCAGCAGGGAAAUCAACACUCACUCCAUUCAGAACAAGACACAAAAUUAAGGCAUGAUUCGAGGCAUACUUCUGAAAUUUGGUCAGGAUUUUCAAGUAUAUCUCAAUCAAAUUUAUUUAAUGAAGAGCAUGGUUCAACAACAACAAAAUUAAAUAAAGUUAAACAUCAGAGGCAUAGGAUAUCUGGCCAAAUUCUGCACGAAGAUGGUAUUUUGCACGAUAGAGAAGAAACAAGAAGAGCAAUAGAAGAUGGAGACAAUUCAAGUAACCAGAAAAUGACUGAAAUUAUUCCUGCCAAUUACAAAUCAGAUAAUGACCUAUCUAAAAAAUCUGAUUCCUCAUAUGAAAAAUCUAGUGAAUUGCAAACUAAACAAGAUAGGCGGGAAAAACACAAACACAAGCAUUAUUCUCAUAAUUCUGAGAAAAUUAAUGUUUCAGAUCAGAUAACUCCAACAUCUGUUUCUGGUGGUUUAAAAAUAACUAUACCUAAAGAUAAAAUUAUGUUGAGUAAUGUGAAAUCUGAUACAGCGCAAAGAUCAAGUAGUGGUAGUCCACCAAGAGAAGCAUUGAAAAUAAAAAUCCCCAAAGUAAAAAUAUCAAAUAAUGAACAGUCCAAAAUGCCUAGUAAUGCAAAUGCUACGAAUACAAAUUCUGGCCUAAAAUUAGUUAUUACUAAGGACAAAAAACAAAAAUAUCAUUCAUUUUCUUGUGCACCUCAAAAAGCAGAAAGAGAAGCUCGUAAACGUGAGAGAAGUCCAAACGAGACAUCACAUGACAAACCGGCAGAAUUAUCAGUCAUAGACAGGCCAUCAAAAGUGGCAAAAUAUGACCAGUCUUCUCAUGUAAGGAAGUCUCAUCUUACAAAUGAUGGAUCAGACAUUCCAUUGCCUCCUGAUUCGAAUAAAACAAAUAUGCACAAUCAGCAAUUUGACUCUACAAAUAAACAAGUAAUAAUCAAUACUCCAACUAUGCCGUACCAAAUGCCUAAACCCAAUCCUGUUUCACAGACUUUUCUUACAUAUAAUAAUCAGUAUUAUCCAUCUUACACCUGCUACCCGUAUCCUACUCCGGUUCAAUUACCCGUUAAUACAACAAGACUUUCUCAACUCUACAAUCGGCCAGCAAUGCCACCACCGUUACCAACAGGAGAUCCUCCUCUUCCACGAGAACCUCCACCACCUCCACCACCUCCCCCACCAGAAUAGUGUGUAGUAAUUAUACACUUAAGAAGGGGAAGUACAUACAUAUAAAUAUAUAAAUAUAUAUAUAUAGAAACUUAUAUUGACUUAAAGAUUGGUGCUUAUAUAAUUGUAUAGUGCUAUUGUGCCUGAGGGACUGAAAAGGGUUCUUCAAUUGAUUGGUGAACUUAGGAACUGAUGUGAAAAUUAAGAUAUGUAAUUUAUUCCAAUGCAAUGUAAGAAUCAUGAUAGCAAAAUGGAAACCGUCACCAGAUUAAUUUGUGAUGUUUAGUUUCCUAUCAUUUGUGAAUAAUUUCUAGCCUUGAUUAUAAGGCUACUAUAAUGUACCUAAAUAUUUCAUGUCAUACCAAUUUGCAAAAUCAUUUUUAAAAUUCUGCUCAUCAUAUAGCUGUUGUUAUCACGAACAGAAAAUAAAUAUGCUUUACUUCAUCUGAAUAGUUGUUGUUACACAUUGUAUAAAAGGUUGUAUUAAAUAGAAACUUUUUCCUCUUAAAGUUAUAUAUGUAAUUUUGAAGAUAAUUUUCAAAAAUCUUAAAGUAAUAUGCAAGUCCUACAGACUUGCUACUGAAAUUUUGAGAUUAUGGCCUAAAUUUGUGAAGAUUUUUAAAAUUGAAUAAACUGCAAAAUUAUAUGUAUUCUCAAUACAUUAAUUACUAAUGGAUCAUUGUCACAGCAAGAAUAAUACUCGGAUCACACGAACUAAAACAUAUUUGGAAAUUGUGCCGAUCUGGAUUAUUAAAUUUAAAUAAAUAAGGAUAAUUAAGUCAUUGAGAGCAAACACACUGGAAUUUUUUUACUACAGAAAUUUGACCAAUGGAUAAAUUAUAAUUAUGUUAAUUAGAAAUGUUUUCUUCAUUAUUGAUCUCUGUUUUUAUUUUAUCAGGAUAAAUUUUGGUACAAGACUAUUUUUACACGAUAAAAUGCUUGUGUAAAUAUUUUCAGCGGAUUAAAGCCAACAACUUUUACCAAUGAGUGUCAAAGAAUUAUAUUUUAGGCACAGGACUAAAUAAAAUCAACAGCAGAAGUUACAGUAAUUGUUAGAAUAUAUAAAUUCUUACAUUUAAUUUCAAUGAAAUUUGGGUAUUUGAAUUAAUUUAUAAUCAAGAUUGAAAAAGGUUUUUUUUUAAUUCAGAUCUUUGAUGGCCAUAACAAAUUAAUAAAGAUUAGAAUAUCGAUAUAAUAAAAUUUCUGUGUUCGUAAAACAAAAGGUGGAACAAAGCAAAUUUAAAUGGGUUAGGCAUGGCAAAGAUUUUUGAAAAUAAACUUAUUUUUCAAUCUACCAUUUUUAUUUAUUAGUGACAGGAAUGAAUGACUUUAAUACUUUUUGUUUUGACUCAUUUAAAAAAAAUCUCUCAUGUAAUUUGCAUGCAGGACAUUAUAUAAUGCAUGAGAUAAGUUUUAUUCCUAGCAAUUUAGUACUUCUGUGUAUCGUUACAUUGAGGUCUGUAUCCACGAACAAUUGGAAUCGGGUCAUUAACUUAAAUGUAUCGCAACAACAACUGUCAUUUAAGUUGAAUAUUCUAAAGAACAGGUUUUUCUGAGAAUUUCAUCUGUGAAGAGAGAGAGCUUUGUAUAUUUUAACUAACUAUUCAUUCAAUGUUGACUGAUUAAUUGUAAUAUAUCAAUCUUUUGAUUCAAUUAUUUUCUGAAUCUUUGAUAAUUGCUUUCUAUGAUUUCCUUUAAGAAUUUAUUUAUUCAAAUUAUGAAUAAUUUCUGAAUAAAUACAAAUAUGAUUAUAGACUUUUGUAUAUAUUGAAUUAUUUUUUGUAAUUAAAAUGUGAAUAUAGGAUUUUAACUGUGUUGCAAUAGUGUUUCAACCACCACCCAAUUUAAAAAGCCAACUCUAGUCAAUUCUUUUAUAUGCUUAAAAAUUUUAUUUCUUAAAGAAGACACAUCCCGCAUCAUUAAAAAAAUUAAUUGUAUAUCAUUUUUAAAGAUACGGCAGUAACUUGAUAUAACAAAAUUCGAGGACCCAUUAAAACUUUAAAUGAUUUUUAUUCUAAAGUUGUAUUGAAAAAAAAUUA